ACUUCCGGUGCUCUUCCGUGUAGGAGAUGCUUAUGUUUGGAACAGGAGCGUUUGUUUUUAUAUUAAUUUUUUAAUUGUAAAGGAGCAAGCAGUCUAUUUUAAUUUUAAAAACAUGUUGUCGGCGAACUCGUUGCGGGUUGUGCGCUCUUCUCGGGCUGUCCUUCACCCAAACCGGCUGUUGACGAAUCGACUAUCCGUUACAUGUUCAGGACACUGGAUGUCCACUAGCUUACACAAGAAGGACACAUGGCACAGCAACUUCAACGUCACAACUGUGAGAACGGAAAAAGGACUGUUUUACUCCACUAAUUAUAUCCCUUCACUACGGAAUUACACUGCAAAUCAAGUUAAACUGAACUGCUGGAACUGCAGUCAGCUGUUUGACAAAAAACCCACCUUCUUCUGUAUGUCAUGUAAAGUUGUCCAACCUCCUGAAGAAGGGACAUCCUUCUUCCAGAUCAUGGAUUGUGACUGCACAUUCACAUUGGACACACAGAAGCUGCAGAAAAGAUAUUUGCAGCUCCAGCGGUCUCUUCAUCCGGACAACUUCAGCCAGAAAUCUGCGAAAGAACAGGAGUAUUCAGAAAGCCAGUCGGCUCUCGUGAACAAAGCAUACAAGACUCUGCUUAAGCCUUUGAGUCGUGGUCUUUAUAUGCUGGAGUUACAGGGGAUGCAGCUGGAGGAGGGCACCGACUCUGGGGCCGAUUCGCACUUUCUAAUGGAGCUGAUGGAGAUUAAUGAGGCUCUCGACGAAGCGCAGACUCCGGAAGAAGCCAAUAAGAUCGGCCAAGACACAAAAGGGAAACUAGCAGAGCUGACAGAGCAGAUAGAUGCCGCCCUCCGCAAAGGAGAGCUCCAGGCUGCCAAGGCACUGCUCGGCCAAAUGAAAUACUAUGCAAACAUCGACGAGAAAGUGAAGGAAAAACUUUCUGAAUUCAUGUAAUUUUCUCUGCUCCGUGUCACUUUUUAUUUAAAAACGUAGCCACUUGAAAAACUUUUGUACAGAAUUGCACAAAUUACAUUAUUGUACAACUGUCUCGGGAGGAUGUAAUUUUAUUGUUCAAUUUGAAUAAUAAAACUCUACUUGUAAUACA